AUGCUAUUUUGGGUACGCAAUAACCUCAAAGGUCUAAAACCGGAGAGCUUUUACAGAAAAUUAGGCUAUUCACAUACUUCACGGAAACAAGCUGAAGAAAAACUACGAGAGUUACUUACAACAAUCAAGAAUGAGAAUAAUGUCAAACGUCGGGAAAAGGCAAUUAGCUUUUUAAAUGAAUUUAAAUCGUGGACGAGUUCAAUUCCUCAGGGAGGAACUAUUAGAUGA